GGAGGAUCCGUCUGACGAAGGAGAACGACUGUCAUCGGGGCGGGCAGAUAAUGGCGGGAACGGCGGCAGCUUCCCCAUCCUGCAUCUUUUGUCAGAUUGCUCGCUCAUCCACCACCACUACUCUCCUCCACACCGAUGAAAAGGUUGUUGCGUUUCAAGACAUCAAUCCUUCAGCUUCCAGGCAUUACUUAGUGAUUCCUGUGGAUCACAUUGCAACAGUUAAGGACCUCCGAAGGAGGACAGAAGACUAUUCUUUGGUCAGUCAUAUGUUAAAUGUGGGGCAAACGUUGCUAAGCAGAGAUGCACCUAAUUCCAUUCAGUACAGAUUUGGUUUUCAUCAACCUCCCUUGAACAGCGUAAAUCAUCUCCACCUUCACUGUUUGGCACUUCCAUAUGUACCCAGUUUAAUCUUUAAGAACUUAAAGAACAGGUGGAGAAGGGUGAAAUACUCAUCUUUGGGACCGCUAGGUGGAUUUAUUGAAGCCCGGAAACUGUUGGAAAGAUUGAAGCCAUAACUAACUCUCCCUCACGAACAAUUUUAUUCGACUGUCCUUUGCCUGCUACAUAUAACAUUUAUAUUGUUUACAUGUUAAUUGGCCACAGUACAUACAAAUGCUUCCAUUGAAGUCUAAAGAUCAUUGGUUUCCUCUGUGAUUCUUCAACCAAACUGUAAUGCUAGUUAGUUACCUUAAUGAACCUGUCAAUACUUGCUUUGAAGUUAUUUCACAUGGUUUUUAAUUC